AGUUAUUUUAGAUAAUUCCAAUCCAGUGUUAGCGAAUUGUGAUAAAAAAAUGUAUUGCGAAGUAGAGCCAAGUUUACUGUUAUCAUGAAUAGAAGAGUCGAGCAUAUUAUUUAUUAUCAAUAAAAUUGGUUUAUUCGUCACAUGGUAAUUCGUUUCGUUCAAACGUUUUUGUUUAUAUAUUUUUAAAAUUAACAGAUUCUGUAUACAGUAUACUUUUCAUUUUGAUCAAAUAUUAUACUGUAAAAAGUUUAUAACAUAUUUUUAAAGUUUUAAACAUGCCAACCUCUUGUUGUGUUCGUGGUUGCAAGAGUAAGGGCAACGGUAAAAUUAAAUAUUUCAGAUUUCCUAAGGACGAAAACCGUAGAUUGCAGUGGAUACAAGCACUUCAUAGAGAAAACUUUGUUCCUACAAAUAAUACUUUGAUUUGUGAAGCACAUUUUACUACUAAUGAUUAUCAAAAAAGACCUGAUCUUAUUAAAUUAACAAAUAUUGCUGUUCCAAGUAUUUUCAACUAUCAGAAUGAGAGACAGAAUACUUCUCAGAAAAAAGUGACUAUGGAUUCAGAAUUAAAAUCUUCUCGAUUGCCUGCAAGGAAACGUCAUAGUAAUUUAUCAGACCAUACUUAUGUAUUAAAACUUCCCGAAGAAUCAAUUAUACCUGAAGAUAUAGGUUUCCAAAAUACAAUUAUUUCAUCAAAAUGUGUAGUCAGUAACUUAUAUGCUGACAAAUCACAUUUGUUAGAUGUAUCUAAAUCAAAUAUACAAACAUUAAAAAAUGUCAAAAAUCCUGGCUUUAAAAUACCAGAAAGUUUUAAAAUCACUUUUCAACCUCCAGAGAAAAAUUGGGAAAACAUUGCAAUGACACAAAAAAAAACUAUACAUGAUUUAAGAAAAAAAGUAAAAGUUCUUCAUCAAAAAAUUAGACGUUAUGCCUCAACAAUUGAAACUUUAAAAGGACAAUUGGAUAUAAUGAUUCGUUAAUAAAAUCAAAUUCCUACAAUAAAUAUGAAUAAAAAUGUUUAAAGGAUUUCAGUUGUAAAGUUUGAAUUUAUCAAGUUAAAAUUAUCAAAAAUUAAAUCAUACCUAUAUUAUGUUACUUUUAGAAAAUACACCAAAAACUUGUUGAUAUCAAAUUGUGUAUUAUCAAAAAUAAAGAAAAUGAUAAUCUUCAUAAAUUUAAAUUUGAAAACCUAAGGAUGAAAUUUAUUGAAUGAUGUUCCAGAUAAACAGGCAGUAACUUAUGUUUGCUUAGCAACUUCAACAGGUUUUAUCAAUAAGCUACAAACUCCAUUUCUGUAUGGUACAAUAUAUCAAAUCUACAUGUCGGUGGUAGUAUAUUCUAUAUUUGUCAAAUAAA